AUGUUCCCAGCUGCGGCUGAGAAGAGCGAACGCGACGUUGCGUACCCGCUCCGCAUGCAGCCUUGGAUCUUAUUGGUUGGUUCUAUUCGUUGGUUGCGGACUCGCGCCCAUUGCACUUACAAGAGGGUGGAGAAGCUACGUCUUGAGUGGGUCACGAAUGGCAGAAGCUUGCGGACUGGCGGAUCUGCUUUUCGACCUUCCCCUCCCCAAUCUCUAGCUGAUAAUGCAGCAUCGACCAAAACUUAUCCGUGGGAUGGAAAUGGUAGGACGCUUUUUGGGGCCAAAAAAAUCUCCUAUCAUGCAGGCUGCCCGCUGGCUCGUAUCCCUUCGUUCGGCUACAAUGCCGACUUCGCCGACUUCUUGCCCUUCUACAGGCCGAAGUUCAUACCGCAGCAACUCACUAUCGACGACCACUCAACCGCGCUCUUUCAAGGCCUGAUUGCGUACCCUUCCUUGCACAAUAACCCUGCUGAUGACGCAUGGCGGCCUGCAACUGGUUUGUUUCUGUUCAACCCGGGGAACGUACUUAAGGAAAUACAGAACCGCCCAGCUAAACCCACCGUUCUGAAAGUCAACAAGGCAGCACCAACAGAAGCUCACAAGUCCUGCCUAGAUAUCAUUUACUACAUGCGCCCUUCUUUGAGGUUAGUAAUCCCAGGGCAGGAGAAUGUAGUGACUGAUAUUAACAUUACUAUCACAAGCAAGGGAGAACGCAGUCGCAAGCUUAAGAGUCCUCAAAUGCCUGAUAACAGUAUUGAAGUUGAGGAAGAAGAAGAACCGUGUCCUAACUAUGGAACUAGGUUUUAUACCGCAAAACCUAAUGUCCAUCCUCGCAAAGCGAAAAACCAUCCGCGCUGA